GGACACAAAAGGGGUUAUUUUUACCUGAUUCCUCAACUACGAAGAACGCACUUUAACCUCCCAGGACGCAUCGCCAGACUAUCUCUCGCCAUGUCCAUUGUAGCCAGUCGCAGUAGUAGCCUUAGAUACAGCUCAGGUAGCGGUGUCGUUUCGAGUGGCCUCAGUUCGUCCGGUGGGAUGCCGUUUUCCAGCGGUUUGGGAUACGGUAGGUCCCGUAUGAGCGUGUCCUCUGUUGGGAGCAGUCGCUCGCCGAGUGUAUAUGGAGGUGCCGGGGGAUACGGCACCCGUAUCUCUCAAUCUUCUUUCUCUACGGACGGGCCAGGUCAGAUCACUAUCGGUGCCAACGAGAAGCAUACCAUGCAGAAUCUGAACGAUCGUUUGGCCCGCUACCUGGAAAAGGUGCGCUCUCUAGAGGCAGCCAAUAGCAAGUUGGAGUUGCAGAUCAAAGAGUUCUACGAGAUGAGAUCACCGACUCACAAGAAGGACCUCAGUGGGUUCUAUGCCACCAUCACAGACAUCCGCAACAAGAUCCAUGCCAGGUCUGUGGAGAACGCUCAGAUGAUCCUGCGGGUGGAUAAUGCCAGAGUUGCAGCUGAUGACUUCAAGAUGAAGUUCGAGAUGGAGGUUAACAUGCGUAUGACCUUGGAAGGGGAUGUUGCUCGUCUGAGAGGAGUGCUGGACAGCUUUACGCUCGCCAGAGGAGACCUAGACAUGCAGAUUGAGGGGCUGAAGGAGGAGCUGGUCUACAUCAGGAAGAACCAUGAGGAGGAGAUGCAUUUGAUACGGACACAGCAGUGUGGUGCUGUGAAUGUGGAGAUGGACUGUGCUUGCUCAGUGGACAUGAGCAAGGUGCUGGAGGAGAUGAGGACCCAGUAUGAGGGCAUGGUGGCGAAGAACCAGAGAGAUGCUGCCAAGUGGUUCGAGAGCAAGGUGGAGGUGCUUCAGAGCCAGAUCACCACCAGCACCACAGAGGUGAAGACCUCUCAGUCUCAGGUGACCGACCUGAAGAGGACCUUCCAGAGCCUGGAGAUUGAACUGCAUGGCCUGCUCACUCAGAAUGGGUACCUGGAGCAGAGCGUCGCUGAUAUAAAUGGCCGCCACGGCUCCCAGCUCAGCCAGCUGCAGGUUUGUAUCAACAGCAUGGAGGAGGAGCUGCAGCAGCUCAACGUCAGCAUCCAGCAGCAGGCCUCCGAGUACCAGAUCCUCCUGGACAUCAAGAUGAGGCUGGAGAUGGAGAUCGCUGAGUACAGGAGGCUGCUGGACGGAGAGGGAUUCAGUAAGCAUGUGGAGACCAGACAGGAGGUCAGGAAAGUGAUCGUGGUCGAGAAGGUCCAGGAAGUACAACAAGUCCAGGAAGUGGUGGAAGAGUAUAACCCCCACAUGCAGAAGCGGGUGAGGGUGAUCGUGGAAGAGAUGGUGGAUGGGAAGGUGGUGUCCACCUCAGUUGAUGAGAAGGUCCAGGAUUUGAACUAACUGAGAAGGUCAGAUAGUUCUGGAAUCUGGUGAAGCAGUAACGGACCACACAUACCCCUGGACCACACAUACCCCUGGACCACACAUACCCCUGGUGACGGGUGUUCAAUCCCCAUCUAUAUAUAUAUAUAUAAAUAAUGUCAUGGUUGCAUACUGUAAUAUUUCCCUUCUUACAGGAUUGCAUCAGCUGAAUGAUAACUGAUGUAAUUUACUCGUGUUACCUUAUAACUCUUAUAUGUCUCUAUCAUGUGGCAAAUUGAAUAUUAUUUCUCGUGUGCUUUUUUUCCAUUUGUGGCCACCAGGUGACGUCUCUCAUUUUAACAUCUUUGGCCAGUGCAAUUAAAAGUGAAAAUGGUUGUGUGAAAAGUGGAAACAGAUUAUUCCAGUUACAUAAGUGACAUCAGGGAAAAUAUGACUCACGUCAUCAGCCAUUAUAAAGCUAUUUUAGCUCCAUUAUAUCCUCCCAGGACCACAAGCCGUGUAUGUUCUCUGGACUCUAUGACAAGGUUAAAGUUCAUGUUCUGUAGGCCUACGACACUGACACCACAUGUUACAUUUGGCUGUUGAUUAAAUAUAGAUGUCAAUGCAUUUCAGGGCGCUGAUAUCAUAAUUGAGGGUGCGUUGUUGUCCUCUAAAAAGCUGAGAAGAAACACCUUUACAGCAGUAGCAGCCGGUGCCGUUUAAGAUGAGGGAGGACGACAAUUGUUUUUAUAAGCUUGGCCUUAUUUCUAUUGCACCAUAUUGGAUGACUGUCAUUCAUAUUCCAUUCACCCAGUUCAAUGUAACAAUGACAGGUUUAGGCUUCCUCAUGAUUCUCACAUUUUCCCUAUAAACGUCAUGAGGUAGCUACAAGAUCGUCUAUGAAUGAAAGUUUACAACGUAGGUGCACGAGAGAGAACAUUUGAGGGUACAGAUAGUGGCACAUUUAACUUGCACACUCUUGCCUGCAUCUAGCUGAUCUAGGGUGUAAUCAUUAGACCAACAGUUGCAAACAAGCGUUUCUACUGGCCAAAUUCAGGUAUGUUUAUCCCCGUUUUGUUCGCUUCCGCUUAAGAAAGGUUUUUCAACAGAAUCGGCAGAAUGAUUCCCGAGUGGCGCAGCGGUCUAAGGAACAGCAUCACAAUGCUAGCUGUGCCACUAGAGAUCCCAUACCUGAUGGGUUUGAGUCUAGGCUCUGUCGCAGCCGGCUACGAACGUAAGACCCAUGUGGCGGCGUACAAUUGGCCAAGCGUCGUCCGGGUUAGGGGAGGGUUUGGCCGGCAGGGAUGUCCUUAUCCCAUCGCGCACUAGCGACUCCUGUGGCGGGCUGGGCGUAGUGCACGCUGACACAGUCGCCAGGUGUACAGUGUUUCCUCUGACACAUUGGUGUGGCUGGCUUCUGGGUUAAGUGGGCAUUGUGUCAAGCAACAGUGCUGUUUUGUUGGGUUGUGUUUCGGAGGACUCUCGACAUUUGUCUCUCUUGAGUCCAUACGGCAGUUGCAGCAAUGAGACAAGACUGUAUGUAACAAUUGGAUAUCAUGAAAUUGGGGCGAAAACAGGGUAAAAAAAAAAAUUGUAAUAAAAAGAAAUUGGUGGAAUGAAUACACUCCUGAUCAUGUGAAAACACAGCUCAAUUUCAUAGCAGCCACAUUGCAUUCCUUCUCCUUUCCUCCUCUCACCUUUUCCCUUUGCUUGUGGACUUGUGGACUUCAAUGCACAACACAUCAGCUGUCUGGGACCAGGAAUAAAAAAACAGCCUACAUCGUAGUCACCAUAUUAGGUGAAGUAACAUCAUAGCCAACAUAGCUAAUAGAAGUAAUGCGUUAGUAAACCCGCAAAAAAAUAAGCAUUUGGUCUUCCCCUCCCUCCUCUGAGGAGCCUCCACUGAUUGAAACAAAGCAUGUGCAGAGAAUCAGUCGGUAAAGUUUCAGCAGAGAAAGUUUUAGUUACAUAUAUAUCAGUUUAAACAGCUAAGAGUAUGACAUGGAGUAGCUCUGGUCCAGGGCGUUUCAUGCAGCUUGAGCCAUCAAGGCUCAAACCACAUAUAAGGCCUUGGACCAGAGCUAGACAACCUAAAGGCAGGUUUGUCAUGCAGAGAUAUAUUGGGCUUUAGAAUUUCCCCACAGUGGUAGUAAUUGAAUCCAUAACUGCAAGGCUUGAUUACUUAUUCAAUUUCCAGUGUUUCAACAAUCUUUCCUCUCGGUCAACAGGUGAUACAUAAGCACAAUUACAUUUUCAGCUAACAUCUGUAUGUACCUGGUCCAUUACUUCAAGCUUAAGUUAAUUUAACAGAAUGGUCCGUGGUCAAAAGUAGUGUACUAUAUAAAAUAGGCUUUAAUUUGUGAUGUAGCCAAUGAGGGUUGUCUGAAAGCAGAGGUGUCUUCUGGUCCUAGCUAUAUCUUCCUCAUCUGAGCCAUCAGCUCCUCUAGACUCUGUUCCAUCUCCCCUAAGAGGAAAAUGUUUUGUGGUCCAAUACCCAUUCUAGCAUUCUAAAUAGUAGGCAUUUUGAGUAUGCAAAAAUAGAACGUUAUAUAAAAUCAGCAAAAAAGAGAACGUCCCUUUUUCAGGACCCUGUCUUUCAAAGAUAAUUAGUAAAAAUCUAAUUAACUUCACAGAUCUUCAUUGUAAAUUGUUUAAACACUGUUUCCCAUACUUGUUCAAUGACCCAUAAUGAACAUGCACCUGUGGAACGGUCGUUAAGAUGGUAACAGCUUACAGAUGGUAGGCAAUUAAGGUCACAGUUAUGAAAACUUAGGACACUAAAAAGGCCUUUCUACUGACUCUGAAAAACACCAAAAGAAAGAAGCCCAGUGUCCCUGCUCAUCUGCAUGAAUGUGCCUUAGGCAUGCUGCAAGGAGGCAUGAGGCCUGAAAAUGUGGCCAGGGCAAUAAAUUGCAACGUCUGUACUUUGAGACGCCUAAGACAGCGCUACAGGGAGACAGGACGGACAGCUGAUCGUCCUCGCAGUGGCAGACCAUGUGUAACAACACCUGCACAGGAUCGAUACAUCCGAACAUCACACCUGCAGGACAGGUACAGGAUGGCAACAACAACUGCCUGAGUUACUCCAGCAACGCACAAUCCCUCCCUCAGUGCUCAGACUGUCCGCAAUAGGCUGAGAGAGGCUUGUAGGUCUGUUGUAUGGCAGGUCCUCUCCAGACAUCACCAGCAACAAUGUCGACUAUGGGCACAAACCUACCGUCGCUGGACCAGACAGGACUGGCAAAAAGUGUUCUUCACUGACGAGUCAUGGUUUUGGCUUACCAGGGGUGAUGGUUGGAUUUGCGUUUAUCGUCGAAGGAAUGAGUGUUACACCGAGACCUGUACUCUGGAGCGGGAUCGAUUUGGAGGUGGAGGGUCCGUCAUAGUCUGGGGCGGUGUGUCACAGCAUCAUCGGACUGAGCUUGUUGUCAUUGCAGGCAAUCUCAACGCUGUGCGUUACAGGGAAGACAUCCUGCUCCCUCAUGUGGUACACUUCCUGCAGGCUCAUCCUGAUAUGACCCUCCAGCAAGACAAUGCCACCAGCCAUACUGCUCGUUCUGUGCGUGUUUUCCUGCAAGACAUUGUUCUGAAAUGGCCAGCGAAAAGCCUGGAUCUCAAUCCCAUUGAGCAUGUCUGGGACCUGUUGGAUCAGAGGGUGAGGGCUAGGGCCAUUCCCCCCAGAAAUGUCCGGGAACUUGCAGGGGCCUUGGUGGAAGAGUGGGGUAACAUCUCACAGCAAGAACUGGCAAACCUGGUGCAAUCCAUGAGGAGGAGAUGCACUGUAGUACUUAAUGCAGCUGGUGGCCACACCAGAUACUGAUUGUUACUUUUGAUUUUGACCCCCCCUUUGUUCAGAAACACAUUAUUCCAUUUCUGUUAGUCACAUGUCAGUGGAACUUGUUCAGUUUAUCUCUCAUACAAAUAUUUACACAUGUUAAGUUUGCUAAAAAUAAACGCAGUUGACAGCGAGACGACGUUUCAUUUUUAGUAUGUUAAAUUUCAGAAAUGUUGUAUGCUUUAAAUUCCAGGAUGUACUGAAUUUGGCUUUUCAUCUAGUAGAAUUUACUGCUCACUACACAAAAAAAUAAACGUACUUUGAAACCUACAUACUACAGCUGAUAAUCAUAAUGGCGGGACUCAACUUAAUUGAUCAUUAGAUACGCCUUUGCAGGAUGGAUGAGAAUAGUAUGUUGAUAUUUGUUGUGUACUUCAUUUGUUUUUACUAAGCAGUGCAUUCUAAAUAAUAUGCAGUUUAAGUAAGUACCCAGCUACUCUAGCACAGUGGAUCUGGGACGAUUCCGGCUGAGAGUUGGGGCACUCGGCUGAGAGUCAAACUCGGUGAGGUCAUGUGGCCCGAGUCUGGACCGCCUUUGGCAGUAUUACUUAUGGCUAAGACGCGGGAUUGAGCUCGGGACGAUUCUGGUGUGAGUUAUCUGGCCUAAAUGUAUUACUUGGGGCAGGGCCGAUUGUGGCUCCUCUCUGGCAGAUGAUUACAUGGGCUGCUUCAUAUAAUUAACAUUAUAUUAUUUAUUUAUUUUACACAUAUAUUGUCAUUGUUUCUGUGAUCAAAUAAUAAAAUGAACAUUUAUAUUAAA